AUGAAAAGGCUAAACGCUGAGAUGGCAGAGAUUAGUAAGCAACAAGAAAGGAUCAGACAAGGGCAAAAGGAAAUGAGAGAAAGGUUUGAAGAGAUUGAAUCAGAAUGUGAUCAGCUCAAAAAGGAAACUGAACUUAUAUCUCAUGCAAGCGACAACGUCCAACUGCGCCUCGAUAUCAUGCUCAAAAUCUUGAAAGCAAGAGAAGAGAAGGACUUCGCUAAAGCUGCUGAUCUUACUUGUUCUCUCAGGAAUAGUCCGCUUUCUUGA